AUGCAGGGAACUAUUAUUGAAAAUUUGAGCGGUAAAAAAUUGUCAGUGCUUGUUGUUUUAUUGAUUAUUGCCCAGGUUAUUUGUUUUUUGAUUGGUGGUUUAAUUGCUCCUAAGCCUGCAACUAGUCAAAAUAUUCUCAGUACAGCGUGUAAGGAUGACAGGAUAAAUGGAAGUGAACCGGGAUUAGGUAAAUGGUAUUAUCCGAGAGGUAGAGGUGCUUGUCGGACUGUUGAGAUGAAUUACUAUAAUUUAGAAAGUCAAUAUCAAGCUUUUCAAGUUGUUUGGACUUUUCAAAUGCCUUUACCCAGAGAUGAUAUCGCAUUUGAUUACUCAAGAUGGCAACAAAAUUUAAUUGGAGUAUUACAGAUUGAAGUUGUUUAUCACAGUCAGCUCCAACUUGCUCCUAUAACUCCAAUUGUAUUAGAUGCAAGACUGGCAUAUCGUAAUAUAGGUGAUCCCGAUAAUGCCUGGAAGCCCUAUGCAGCAUCAAAGAUUGAAAGAAACUUAGAAUGUGUUCUGAAUGAUCAAUCAGAGAGCUAUAGUUACAAUUGCAGUAUGAUUCCUCUGUUCGAGCUCGGUUCAUUGUAUCAUGAUUUUUAUUUACUCAAUAUAAGACUGCCUAUUGAUACUGAUAGAAAUAUAAACGUAGGCAUUGGUCACAUUUCUGACAUAUGGUUAACUGUGAUCAAUCAAAACGGAGGAUUCACUAAGAUCUGGGUUAGCCUAAAGACUAUAUUCUUCCCUAUUGUUCUGUGCUUCCUUGCUUGGUACUGGAGGAGAAUACAUUUACUUUCACGAUCUCCAGCUUUGUUGGAAUACAUGUUACUAGCAGUGGGAUUGGCUUUGUCAUUUUUAAAUAUGCCAUUGGAAUACUUGACACUGUCUUAUGACAUGCCUUUCAUGUUGCUCCUGAGUGAUAUCAGGCAGGGUGUUUUCUACGCAGUACUUUUAUCAUUCUGGCUUGUUUUUGCUGGUGAACAUUUAAUGAUACAAGAUGGUGAUCAAAGGACCAGUUUAAAAUGUUACUGGCGACACUUGAGUGCUGUAUUCGUAGGCUGUCUUUCAUUAUUUAUUUUUGAUAUGUGUGAACGUGGUGUCCAGUUAAGAAAUCCCUUCUUUUCUAUUUGGGUCUCAAGUAUAGGAACCAAAUUGGCUUUAUCAUUCAUUAUUCUCGCUGGAAUAUCUGCAGGAAUGUAUUUAUUAUUCUUGACAUAUAUGAUCUGGAAAGUGUUUAUAAAUAUAAGUAUCAAGAGAGCAGCAUUGCCGAGCAUGAGUUCUGCCAGACGGCUACACUACGAAGGAAUUAUUUAUCGUUUUAAAUUUCUGAUGAUUGCUACUCUGCUGUGUGCGUCAUUGACAGUCAUUGGCUUCAUACUAGGACAGGUUGCGGAAGGUCAAUUCAAGUGGGAUGAAGAUAUCGAAUUGGAAACAACAUCUGCAUUUUUCACAGGCGUUUAUGGAAUGUGGAAUAUUUACAUUCUUGCACUGCUGUGUCUCUACGCACCCUCGCAUAAAAAAUGGCCAGCUGAACCUUCUGAUCAAAGUUUAAGUGAGGAAAUAGAAUUUGCAAGAUUACCUACUGAACCAAAUGAAAUGUUGUCAUUGACAGCAUUUGCACGUAAAACUGCGACAGAAUAAAUACAUAUAAGUAUAAAAAAUAA